ACGCGCUGUGCCUUUGCCGCAGUUGUGAAGAACGCGCGCGCGCUCGCGCCGGUGUAGUGACAGUUGACAGUUGACAGUUUGAAUUAUUUUUUUUAUGUUUUCGGAUACAAUGAGGCUCAUAUUUUGGGUCACAGCGUUCGCUGUGCUCACCAUAACAUUUGCCAAGAACUCUACAGCGAAAACGAAACCGAAACGACAGUUAGACAAUAUAAGAACACCCCAAAACCUUCAAUAUUCUCUCGUUCUGCCACAUUCUAGAGUUGCCCAUUUUCGAGCACUGCCAAGCAAUAGAAGAAUUUCAAAUGUAUCUCCGAAAACAGGAAAACUUCCACCAUAUGCAGUACAGAUGGAACCGGUUGUGCAAUAUUCACAAAAAGAUCCAUUGUACGACCCAACCCACGAUCAUUUGGAAAAUGGAGUUAACAAAAACGUAAUAUUUGCUCAACCAAAGAUUCUCAACGUUCACGAUCAAGAGCCUGAAGCCUCAUUUGGCCCACCUUACGGUUCUCUUCCAACCGCACCCCUCUAUAGUGAAGACUACCAGCCACAAUACUAUGAUGCUCCGGAGCCUAUAAUAGAGAUUAUUAUAAAAGAAUCCAAUGAAACUUUGCCGGCACCACCUCCCCAGGUUGUACAGAAAAAGAAAAAAGAACCCGUUCAGGUAUUUUACGUUAAAUAUAGCAAAGAUCCUCAUUCCAAGGACAAAGUUAUAUACGAAAAGCCAAUCCCUGCAAUAACACCCCCUUCAAAUGAUGAAGAGGAUCAUCAUGAAGAAUAUGUAACUGUUACUCCGCAACCUAACUACAUACCUACGCAAACGACAACUCUAAGGGCUAUUAUUAAGCCAGAGUCUGAGAUAUACCACAGUGAUAGCAAUGUGAAGAUAACUUUUGGUAAUGACCAUCAUCAUCACAGUAAUAGGAGAGAAGAGAGCCCACAAGGUGAGGAUCGUGAAGAAACUGCUCCAAAACCAGCAAUCGCUUUGCCUAACCAACCUCGAAAUGGUGUUCCAUUAGAAAGAUCGGUUUCACAAAGACCUCUGUAUGAACAUGAGUCUAAACAAACUAGCCAAACAGGGCAACAAGUUUAUUUAUCUGCACAACAAGCUCAGAGUCGUAUACAAUUCCAACAACCUUUUAUUAGUCACGAACCCCAAUUACCAAGACAGGGACCAACAAAUGUUCCUUUUAGAGCUCAAGUGUCCCGUCAAAAUCCUUUCGGUCCUUCUCCGUCAUUGAGUCCAUCACAUCAAUCCUUUGCAAAUCCUUCCCCUAGUCCCAGUAAUCAAUUUAAUAACGUUGCUCCGACCUUACCUGGGCCAAUUCUUCCAUUUGCAAGACCGAGCAAUGUACCUCAAUAUCACGUUCGACCUAAUAAUGGCCCAUCUUUCGGAUCAAGACAACAUCCCAAUGGACCCCCUAGAGCUAGUUUCCAUUCCGGACCUCAAAGACCGUUCCACCAACAACAACAUCAGGCAUAUUUCGAUGAAGCAAAGUAUCUACAAGAAAAUUACCAUACUAUAACUACAGACCAGGUAGAUCCACCAAAGCCGCAACCACUGCCAAACAGACAAAUUCAAAACUUUAACUCUAAUCCUAGGCCAACAUCAAAUCCACCCCUUGUUUAUUUCCCUGAUCAUCAAAGUCGUCCUCAUCAACUUAUUCCUUACAAUCAACAACUACCACAGCAAAGGCCACCCCAAGUUUUUGAUUCAAAUAAAAACAAAGCCUCUUUUGCUAUAACUCCUAGUAGAUCUCCGUUCUUUAAUCUGAAACCAUCGCCGCCCCACGUUGAAGAAAAUCGCACGCCAUUCCAGAGGCAGCCUGUUUCACAUUCCCAACAACACAUUAACUAUUCCCAGGGCUUGCAAUCGCUUUCAAAGCCAUCUGUUCAAAUAUCGUACCAAGAAAACAGUAACACACAAAAUUCAUUUUCUAGUAUUUUAUCACCUUCGCCUUCACCGAUUCCUCAAAAUCAAUUUCUCCCACAACCCUCCCCAACUCCCAUAUUUAAUUACCAACAACAACCAUCUUUAAUUCCAAAUCAUAGUAUAGUAACGUCUGAACGGCCAAGCCAAUUCAAUAAUUUCCAACAGACCCAAAACCUUGAACAUCAACAAAAUAUUAACCAAUUUGCCCCAAAAGGGAGUGAAUUUGUAGCAGCAAUUCCUAAGUAUGAACAACAUUUCACUGUUAACGACGCUAACGGGCAACAAAAUUAUAAAGGCUUGAUCAAUCUCAAUCAGCCAUCCUCAACAGUCAGUCCAUCAAAUAAUAAGCAACAACAUCAAGAGCAACAAGCACAAAAACAAUUUGAUAUUGAACAGGAACAAGUUAGAGCACAAUUAGCGCAAAACGUACGAAAGCAGCAAGAAGAAAUUCAACGCCUUCAAUCACAACUACAAUUCGCUCAACAACAGCAUCAGCAACAACAGCAUCAACAAAAUCAACAACAUCAACACCAGCAUCAACAGCAUCAACAACAGCAACAACAACAUCAUCAACAGCAACAACAACAGCACCAACAGCAACAGCAACAACAGCACCAGCAACAACAGCACCAGCAACAACAGCACCAACAACAACAGCAACAUCAAGAACAGCAUCAUCAGCAUCAACAACAACAGUACCAACAACAACAAAAUAUUCAGCAAAAUUACAAUCAAUUCCAACAAAGUACGCCAACUUCACAGUACGUAGACGAGAGAUCGCGAUCUCAAAAUAUAUACGUAACCAGUUCCCCUUCGCCACAGUAUUAUCAAUCAACUUCAAGAACCGUUGAAAUCAAACCAACAACACAAAAAUACGCGUCAUCUAGUGCUAGUUCUGUUAGUAGCACGCCAGCACCACAACAAACAGAAAACAAGAAAAGACCAGCUAUCGAAUUACCAGAUGAAGUUCCAGAUGACCUGCGUCAGCAAUUGCUUUCGUCGGGCAUUUUAGAUAAUGCUGAUAUUAGUGUUCUGGAUUAUGAUAAAGUAGGCGAAACACCUUUAGAAUCAUUGCCCCCGGAUCAACUUGCAAACUUUUUUAGUGCAGGUGGAGCCCAACAAUUAGCUGCAAGCGAACAUAGGCCAAUCAUUGUAAGUCCAAAUGGUGAACAUAUUGAAUCAAGAAUAGAUGAAAGCAUAGAUGAUGACGAUCAAGAAAUUGCGGCCUCUGAAAAUGUUCCUAGCUAUGUGGCACCGACCCAAAAACAGGCCGUGGAAAUGAAAGUUGUACAUUUUGAUCCCCAAACUCCUGAAGGUCAAAAGAUUGCCAAGGAUCUUGUCAAAGAAGACGCUACGCAACUUGAUCCCGUAGCACUAAAUGAUAAAAAAUACAAUAGGUACUUACCAUUGAAAGUAAGUGGUAAUAAAUUCCCCCUGCCUGAUGUAUUAAAAGGAAGAAAAAUUACUUCUGUCGUUGUACUAGCCCCUGUUGAAACGGAGACAUUGGGCAGCGAACACGAACGAGCUGAGAGGUCAGCCACAGACAAUUUACGAGGAAUAAAAUUUGUUGCUGGAGAUAGUUUACAAAAUUUAUUGAAAAAACCAACGGAAGACAAUUUUAAGAAAUGGCUGGAAAAAGAAAAGAAAACCGCAACGGACCAACAAUCUGUCAUUCUUCUUGUAACCGGAAACGAAGAGCCGUCUGAAGAUCGUGAAAUUUUUAUGUAUGACAUCACAUCAGGUAGCGUAAGCAAAUUAAGUGGCGACUUAUCCAACGCAUUCGUCGAAGCUGCUGAGAACAAUUCAUUGAGCAAAGAUAUCGAAAAAUUGGCCAUUGAAGGAGAUGGUACUCCAGAGAAUUUCAACAGAGAAAACAAUGAUGAAACAAUUGCAGAAGGAUCUGAAAACGUGCCAUUAUUUGUAGAUAUAUCCGGGGUCAAGUUAAAUGACAAAGAUCACAAUAAAGUAUUGAUUUCAUCUGGUUAUAGUAAAACAAAAAAAGGCAGAGCUAUAAGGAAACAUUAGUGUACAAAUCGCUAGAAUGCAGAUAACUUUGUAAAUAGUAUAGUUUUAGUAUUACUAAAUUAAAAACCAACAUGGUGUUGAGUGUAAAUUAGUCCUCUAUUAUUACGAAAGCGAACAUAAGGUUGUAAAAAUAUAAAAACUUAUUAUAAAUA